AUGAUCUUCCUCAUGGAAACCAAAUGUGAUAGAACAAGACUGGAAGAAGUUAGCAAAAUUCUGAAGUUUGAUGCAUGCCUGGCUGUCGAGAGUAGAGGCUCCAGUGGGGGCCUUACUCUCAUGUGGAAUAACAAAGAAGAUGUUGUCAUCUAUAACUACUCUAGGUGGCACAUUAAUGCUCAAGCCUCAAACAACAUCAAUACACAAUCCUGGCUUUUUACUGGUUUUUAUGGUCACCCUGUGACUUCUAAAAGGAAUAGCAGCUGGCAAUUCUUAAAGUCCCUCAAGCCCACUAACUCUUCCCCAUGGUUCUGUUGUGGAGACUUCAAUGAAAUUACUUGCCAGAAUGAGAAGAUGGGUGGUCCUCCUAGGCCUUACAAACAAAUGGAGACCUUCAGAAGUGCACUGGAUUGGUGCUCUCUAAACCAAGUGAUGACUUUUGGACCCAAGUACACUUGGACUAAUAACAGACGUGGCCAAAACUUCACUAAGGAACUUUUAGAUCGAGCACUAGCCAACCCCAUUUGGCUAACUUCACCUACAGAGAUCAAGGAGAAAAUGAAGAGGCUUAGUGUCUUACAAGAAGAGGACAGAGGUGACCAAAUCGAUUCCAUUCUAAAACUGCAAAGUGAGAUUGAAAGGCACCUAGUGGAGGAAGACUUGAAAUGGAAGCAAAGGGCCAAGCAACAUUGGCUGAAAGUGGGAGACAAAAAUACAAGGUUUUAUCACCUUCAUGCCUCUCAAAGGAGGAAAACAAACAGAAUAUCUCAAAUCUUAGAUGAAAGAGGAUUACCUGCCAAUGAGAAGCAACACAUAGGAUCCAUUUUCUCAAACUUCUUCCACAAACUCUUCACUACCUCUAACCCCUUUGGUAUUGCAGAUUGCCUAGAGAACAUGCCUCAAAAGGUUACUUAUAAGAUGAAUGAGUACCUUGGGAAGGAGUACAUAGAAGUGGAAAUAAAGGCAGCUAUCUUUCGGAUGAAUGGUCUAGGUUCUCCAGGUCCAGAUGGUUAUCCAGCCUCUUUCUACCAAACAAACUGGGAUCUAGUUGGGAGAAAAGUCAGCACUUAUGCUCUAAACAUUCUAAACAAUGGUGGAACCAUAGAGGGGGUUAAUGACACGUACAUCACCUUAAUCCCAAAAAUCAAAGAAUCAAAGAAAGUCACUGACUUUAGGCCUAUUAGUCUCUGUAAUGUGCUAUACAAGAUUGUAGCCAAAGUGAUCUCAAACAAACUCAAAACAGUUUUGCCAAAUAUCAUUUCUCCAAGUCAAACUGCUUUUGUUCCAGGCAGGAUCAUUUCUGAUAACAUAGUGGUAGCUUAUGAAGUCCUACACUCAAUGACAACCAGAAUGCAAGGUAAAGAAGGAUAUAUGGCUUUCAAGUUGGACAUGAGCAAGACAUACAAUCGAGUGGAGUGGGAAUUCUUAACAUCAGUCAUGGCCAAACUGGGCUUUAAUAACAGCUUGAUAGAUCUGAUAACAAGAUGCACCUCCUCAGUUUCCUACUCAAUACUACUCAAUGGUGAACCUCAACCCUUUUUCAAGCCUACCCGUGGUCUGAGACAAGGGGAUCCCCUAUCCCCCUAUCUCUUCAUCCUGUGUACUGAAGCUCUAUCUUGGUCACUCCACAAGGUAGAGAAAAAAAGGAGUAUCUCUAGUGUUCCUAUGGGAAAAGGCCCCACUCGGAUCAGCCACCUUUUCUUUGUUGAUGAUAGCUUGAUUUUCUGCAAGGCCAAUUCUCUUGAGUGGAGUAGGCUGAUGGGGAUCCUAAACCAAUACGAAUGUGCCUCUGGACAAGUACUGAACAAGGAAAAGUCCUCCAUUUACUUUAGCAAGAACACACCAGAGGAAAAAAACAAGAGGGCAAUUCUGCAGAUAGCUGGGGUAAAGGCCAUUGGAACCUAUGAAAGAUAUCUUGGACUCCCUUCCAUGGUGGGAAGAAAGAAAAGUGCAGCUUUCCAUGGACUCAUUAAUAGAAUAUGGGCUAGAGUUACAAACUGGAAGACAAAUUGCUUAUCAAUAGCUGGGAAAGAGGAAAUGGUGGACAUCAUUAAAUCCAUCCCUAUCAGUUUGGGCAACAGACAAGACAGGUUGGGAUGGGGAGGCACUCCUAAUGGCAAAUUCACUGUUAAAAGUGCAUACCACGUACACAGGGCACUACAAACAAAUUUAGAAGGUGCUUCCUCCUGCAAUACGCCUCAAGAAAGCUAUUGGAAGACAAUAUGGAAGAUGGGAGUUCCCAAUGGAGUCAGAAUGUUCUUAUGGAGGGCCUACAAUGAAGCAUUACCGACUCUCAACAAUCUGUUUAGAAGAAAGAUAUAUGAAUCCUCCCUAUGCCCAAUAUGUCAACUGGAAGAAGAUGUUUGUGGACAUGUGAAGCAGCCAAAGAUGUUUGGGGCCAAGCUAGUAGACAGGCACCCAAACUUUGUCAUCUAUAAGGCUAUUAGUGACUUGAGACUUUUCAAGGCCACCAAACCUAUCAAUCUCGAGGAGAUCCCCACUAGAAACACUGAGGUUGCAAAAUGGAGGAAGCCUACAAAGGGAAAAUACAAACUCAACUGGGAUGCCUCCAUUAAUGACUCUAGAGGACUAAUAGGCAUUGGAGCUAUAAUCCGAGACAGCUAUGGGAGAGUUCUUGGCACACUCAGAGCUAGACGCAACAUGAAGCUAUCUCCCUUUGCAGCAGAAGCAUAUGCUCUAAUGACUACAGUCCUUUUCAGCAAGGAAGCUGGACUCAGUGAGGUUCAUCUAGAGGGUGACUCUCUUCAAGUGGUGGAGAAGUUGAAGAAACCAGCAGAGGAUUAG